AUGGAGCGACUUGGUGGUGGCCAGAGUGGGAGCGGCAGCAGCGGAGGGGGUAGUGGGGGCGGAAGCGGCCUACCCGGCGCCCUCUAUCUAUGCACAUUAAUUUGCAUUUGGGCCGUUGGAAGCACGGAGAGCAAGCUCUAUGGCUUGCACUCGGCUGAGCUGCAGAGUGGAGAGCUGAUUGUGCCGCGACGCGUUCAUGCCAACGGCACAUUCAUGGCCCAUACGUUGGUCUACCACCAUGGGCGCGACCAUCGCCGGCACAGACGCAGUGUGGCGAGCGAAAGUCCAGUGCUGCACUAUCAGUUGCAACUGCAGAAGGAGCUGCUGCAUCUCGAACUGACGCCACACAACUACUUUGUGGCGCCUCACAUGAUCAUCGAGCGGCAUCGCCGAGACCUACGCACCCGGUCCCCGCCAGCCGCAGAGCAUGUGAAUUGCCAUUUUCAUGGCAAGGUGCGGGGUCAACCAACGACUAAUGUGGCCAUAUCGACCUGUGCGGGUUUGGUUGGCCACAUUAAGACCGCCAGCAACGAAUAUUUUAUCGAGCCUUCGCAACAGCAUGAAGCGCAUCCAAUCAAGGGGCAUCCGCAUGUCGUUUUUCAGCGUUCCUCCGUCAAGCAAAAGAACUCACAUCUGCCACAUAAGAAACGUCGCCACAAACGCAAGCGCAAGGAGUCGCACAAACAGCGCGGCGGCAGCAGUGGCAACAGCAACAACAUUGGCGCCAAUAUCGUUGACAGUCAUGGACUGGGACAUAGUUAUGGGCAUGGUCAUGGCCCUCGCAUCAGCAAUUGUGGGACGCGCGAGCCGCGACGACGCAUGGAAACGAGACUGGAGUGGCAGGCGCAGGGCAAGGUCAAAAUUCAAGGCGGACGUAAGAUACGGCGCCAUCAUCAGCAGCCGCAUACAAAAUUCCAAUAUGAAACUGCAUAUGAAAAGCCGCGGAAACGUAACGCUCUUGUUCCUCCUGCCAAUGGACUGCAGUCACAUGAGCCGCGCACUAAACGCUCGAUCAGCAGUCCGAGGCACGUGGAGACGCUGAUUGUGGCCGAUUCCACCAUGGUCGCCUUUCACAAGGACGUGCAACCCUAUUUGUUGACUAUCAUGAAUAUGGUGUCUGCCUUGUACAAAGAUCCCAGCAUCGGCAACGCCAUUGAGAUAGUGGUGGUAAAGAUUCUGGUGCUCGAUGAAGAGGAUCUGUAUCCGGAACUCAACUUAACCCAGAAUGCGCAAAAGAACUUGGAUCGCUUUUGCAGUUGGCAGCACAAGCUGAACACGGUCAAUGAGAAUGAUCCCCAUCACCAUGAUGUGGCAAUACUUAUCACGCGUAAAAAUAUUUGUGGCAAUAAUUGCAUGACCCUCGGGCUGGCCAAUGUGGGCGGAAUGUGCAAGCCAAAGCAAUCGUGCAGCGUGAACGAGGACAAUGGCAUCAUGCUCUCCCACACAAUAACGCACGAACUGGGCCACAACUUUGGCAUGUUCCAUGAUACGGCCAAAAUCGGUUGCCAUCCUCGGGUCGGCUCCAUCGUUCACAUUAUGACGCCUACAUUCGGGGCAGACACGCUGCAGGUUUGCUGGUCGAACUGCAGUCGCAAGUACAUCACCCACUUCCUCGAUCAGGGACUGGGCGAGUGUCUGGAUGAUUCACCAACACCACACGAUGAGUACAACCUGCCGGAGGUACUGCCGGGUGAGCGCUACAAUGCGACCCGUCAGUGCCGCAUGCAGUUCAAUCUGACAGAUGACAGCGAUGUGGGCGCCUGCUCCUCACCCCACGAGUUCUGCUCGACCUUGUGGUGUCGCGUGAACGGCGAGUGCGUGACGAACAUGCGCCCGACGGCGCCGGGCACCAGUUGCGGAAAACGUAAGUGGUGUCAGAACGGGAAGUGCGUGCGGAUGGAGGAGUUGACUGUAGUAAACGGUGGUUGGGGUAACUGGAGCGAGUGGAGCGAGUGCUCACGAAGCUGUGGCGGUGGUGUGUCCAUUCAGCAACGUGAGUGCAACAAUCCAGUGCCCGCAAAUGGCGGUGUUUUCUGCAUUGGCGAGCGGAAGCGCUACAAGAUCUGUCGAAAGCGACCCUGCCCCGAAAACGAGCCCAGCUUUCGUGCCCAGCAGUGUGCACGCUACGACAAUGUCACCUAUCAGGGCGGCACCUACAAAUGGUUGCCCUUCUUCGAUAAGAACAAUCCCUGCAAGCUCUUCUGUACGGAUGUGGAUGACACUAUCAUUGCCAAUUGGGGGGAGACCGUGCUCGAUGGCACUCCCUGCACCCUGGGUACUAACAACAUGUGCAUCGACGGCAUCUGCAAGAAAGUUGGUUGCGAUUGGUUCGUUGACUCGGACAUGCAGGAUGAUCGUUGCGGUGUUUGCGGCGGUACUGGUGAUCAAUGCAAGCCCGUGAAGGAGGUCUUUAGCGAGCCAUUCAACGUAACCGAGGGCUACGUGGAGAUUGUAACAAUACCGGCACGAGCUCGCCACAUUGUCAUAAAGGAGCUGGCCAACUCACAGAACUUCCUAGCCGUUGCGCGUGCGCAGAGCAAUCACUUCUAUUUGAAUGGCGACAGCCUGAUCUCGAUGCCAGGCGAAUUUGAAAUAGCGGGCGCAGAGAGCCUCUAUGAUCGACUGGACGAGCAGGAGACCAUCAAAAUACCUCAACCCAUACAGCAUUCCAUAGCAUUAUACGCCAUCGUCCGCGUCAACGAGACCAACGAGGGCAUCUAUUACGAGUUCACGUUGCCCGCAGUCAACGUGAGUGCCGGUCGGCAGUACCACUGGAAGCUGGGGAAUUGGACCGCUUGCACGGCCAGUUGUGGUGGCGGGGUGCAGUACCGUGAAACGGUUUGCUACGAGAACGGCAAACAGUUCGCCGACGGGCUGCCCUGCUGGACGCAUGCCAAGAACAAGCGACCGUUGCGGCAGUCGCGUGCCUGCAACGAACAACAAUGUCCGGCACACUGGUGGCCCGGACCUUGGCAAUUCUGUCCGGUAACCUGCCGGCAACCAGGUGCGCCACCUCCACUUAGGCGCCGCUCCAUAGUGUGCCUCGAUCAACACGAUGUGGUCGUAGUGGACGGGCAGUGCACUCAGCUGGCAAAGCCCGCGGAGACGGAGCCAUGCGAAGGACACCUGCCCGAGUGCAGGACGAGAGCGUGAGUGGCACGGGAACUGCAGCCGAUAUAAGCCUUAAUAUAAUUUAACAGAAGCAUAUUUAUUUAUUCAAUCGCAAUAUAAAGCAAAAGUAAAAAUAAAAACCAACAUUAUGUACUUAAACCUUAGGAAUUACAUUUAAAUAUAAUAUAAUGCAUUACUUUUUAGAAAAGUUUGCGCCUUAGUAUAGAGAUUAUAAACAUUUAUCUUAUAAUGCACUUACUAGUAUAAAGUAUUGUUUAUGUAUAUACGUUAGAAAUCGAUAAGCAAAACAAGUGCCUUGCUUUCAUUAUGCUUAGUACUCAGAUCAAAAGAACAAAGAAAUUCCGAAAAUUUUAGAAGAAUGAGAAUCAAAACUGGAUAAAAGAGGACCGCAAAUAAAAGGCCCCAGUAGAAACAAUGCAAGGGUCCUUAGUGAAAAAUGUUUGAAAGAGAGAAAAUCAACAUUCCACAUGAAAUAAAUAUUAUAUUUAUUCCAAUAUGAUCCAA